AGGUGGCAGUGAUGCAACACUGAUGACGUCAUGUGCUACUGCUGCUGCAGUAGAAGAAGAAGACAAACCGUCGGGCGGGUCGGAGCCAUUGUUGUUGUGACUGAGCAGGAGUUUGUGGUGAAUAAACGGUAGUAUGAUGUCUCCUUACCAGACACUGUGUACAGGACCGUGAUCACUGACUGUGUUCCAGAUGCUUCAGUGGGAUCUGUCUCCGUUCACGGUGACUCCAGCUGCCAGCCUGCUGUCCAGAUGUGUCUCCAGAGGAGCUUUGUCUCAGGAGGACAUAGACUCCGCCUCCUCCAGGCUGAGCCCCGCCUUCUCCUCGCACAUGCACAAGGCUGAACAGCGAAUCAGAACACAGAGACAGCUGGACAAGCUGCAGCUUCAGAUGGAGCUGCUGAAGAUGGAGAAUAGGAGCGCCGACGUCACACACACCUUCUACCUCACUCAGAGGUUCCACAUGUUGCAGAUGUUCUGUGAUCACCUGCAGGACCUCCUGAAGGAUCAGAACAGUCUGAGGCAGAGGCUGAUGAAACCUCUGGGCCGAACCAACCUGCCUGUUCAGGCUCACCUGCACAGGUUUGUGGUGGACGUGAUGAAGAUGCUGCUGGACUUCAUAGAGACUCUGGAGGAGAAGAUGAUGUCGGUCCGCUGCAGUGACACCACCAGAGACCAGCUGAGUCAGCUGAACACCUCUCUCGCCCAGUUAUUGUCCCACGUAGCGGACGUGGAGGGAUUGUCCAAUCAGGUCCUCCAGUGGAAAGAUGUCCGCAGCAGCUGCAUGUUGAGUGACAGGUCUGUCUGAUGACCUUCGACCUUCAUCCUGCUGGAUCCACAUAUUAUUAUUAUAAAUAGUAUUAUUAUCAUGUCAUACAUUGAAUUUUGUUUUUGUAAUAAAAACUUACGGUAUUUUGAAAGAAUGUU